GUCAGAUAAAACCCAGGCCGCGUAGUCUACACAGUCAACCUCAGGGAGCACACGGUCACUGCCUGCGCCAUGCCAUUGAUCAAGCCCUGGGUUGAUGCCAGCCACCGUGUUGAAUGAGCCAACCGCCCCCCACCGCUCCACCCCACCUCACCUCACUCCCUCACACCCUCUUCGCCUGCUCGAUCCAUCCAUCCAUCCUGCAAAUGACCACAGAUAAGCCAUGCGGACAUAGAUAAUCAUGCGCGGGAAGAAAGCAGCUGAGCGGCCAGGCAUGAAGAGGCUAAACCUGCAGCUCAUUGCCUUGCUGCUCGCCUAUUUCAUGGAUGAAGGCCUCGGCAGCCAGGCAAUCUGCGGCGCCGGCGGUGGUGGUGGCGGCGGCGCUGGCGGCUCUCCGGCGGCGGCCCCCCGCGAGUGGCGCUCCCAGCCCCAGAGCACCACUGUGAAAUGGACACUCAUGGAAAACACCUGCACCGGCUUGACCCAGUGCCACGCCGGACAGAUUGAUGGAGGAGGAGGAGGAGGAAGAGGGGGAGGCGAUGCCCCCUCGCAGCUCUGCCCCUUGGAGCUGCAGUUAGGGGACGUGCUCUACAUGUUUGCCCACGUCACGCUGGAGGAGUACGGCCUGAACCUGGCCAACGUGUCCAAGGAGGAGUUCGACAAUUGCUCUGCUCUGCACCCCCACUCGGCACAGUACCUGUUCCCGGGCGUUAUGAACGGGACUGCUAGGGUCGAGCCCAAAUGGCUUUCCCCGGGGGUGCACUACUUCGUGGCCUCGCGUGACGGCAGCUCGCAGCUGUGCCGGCUUGGCCUGCGCCUCCGAGUGUCCGUGAAAGAGCAACACUGCCAGCCCUCCCCGCUGGUCCGCUUGUGCUCUGGGAAAGGGACGUGCAGGACCGACGCGCAGAGCCCCGCGUACACGUGCGAAUGCACCAAGCACUACUCGGGGAGGUUUUGCGAGAAGUAUGACGUAUGCGCUGCGCACCCCUGUGCUAAUGGCGGUACGUGUUUCAGCUAUGGAUCCGGUGACCCUAACGCUCACGACUACAAGUGCAAGUGCACACCCGGGUUCACAGGGAUGAACUGCUCCGAAAUUAUCGGGAAAGAAAGUUGCAGCAAACAGUGUCUAAAUGGAGUGUGUGCGCAAGUGACGCCAACAUCCUUCCGAUGUGACUGCCACCUCGGAUACACAGGUUCUCUUUGCGACAUGAGGAGGAUGCCUUGUGUGCCUAACCCGUGCAAAAAUGAUGGAAAGUGCUCUGAGUCUGAGACUGCGGAGGAGGGCUUUACCUGCACCUGCCCAGAAGCGUUCAUGGGGCCCCACUGUGACGGGGAGCUGAACAGCACUUGUGCGUCUUACGGGUGUCAAGCUGAACCCCCGUGCUCAGAGGAAGAUCAUCCCUCCACGUGUGUGUGUGAAGAGGGGCUCCCUGCAGGCGGUGGCAGGCAGUGCAGGAGGGUGCGGCAGGCGUGUGCAUCCUCUCCCUGUCUCAACAACGGCAGCUGUGUGUCCCUCGGUGACGAUUACACCUGCAGAUGCCUCAGAGGGUUCACCGGGAAGAACUGCGAGGACGUAAUGGACUACUGCAGGCUGCUCAGUAUUAACUGUCUGAAUGAGGGAUUGUGCCUCAGUCUAAUCGGCGGGUAUGAUUGUCUGUGUGCGCCCGGUUGGACAGGAGAGGUGUGCCAGCACGUGGAGAACGCCUGCCUCAUCUACCCAGACGGCUGCCUGAACGGCGCCACAUGCAUAAGCAUCAGCCAGCCCACCGCCCCACCGCGCUACACCUGCAAGUGUGCCGCCGGAUACACAGGACGCCACUGUGAGGCCGAAGUGGAUGAGUGUGAGUCCAACCCUUGCCGCCACAACGGGACUUGUACCGACCUGGUGGGCUCCUACCACUGCACUUGUCCCCCAGGGUUCUCUGGAGCACAUUGUGAGGUGGAUACAGACGCGUGUACUCUUCCAAAUGUCACCUGUCCCCCCAAGACGGUGUGUCUGGAUCUACCUGAUGGCCUCAAGUAUACGUGCCGCAAGCCCUGCCCAGCACAUAUCCAGCCGUGUGCUAACGAAGGCCGCUGCAUCCUCAACAACGCCACCAGCUACAGCUGCGUCUGCCCCCCUGGCUGGACCGGACACAACUGCCUCGUCAACAUCAACGACUGCAGCCAGCACUGGUGCCAGAACCGGGCCACCUGUGUGGAUCAGGUCGACGGAUACAGCUGCCUGUGUCUGGCCGGGUAUACGGGCGCCUACUGCGAGGUCGAUAUUGACUAUUGUGUCGGGCACCGCUGUUCGGAGCAUGGCACCUGUCUGGACCAGGAGCAGGGCUACACCUGCCGCUGUGCGCCAGGAUUCGAGGGCAAGUUCUGCCAGACAAGGGUCAACCAGUGCAGAAGCAACCCCUGCAACAACGGGGGCACCUGCGUCGUGACCGCCCAGGGAUACCACUGCCAGUGUGCACCGGGCUUUGAAGGAAGGACUUGUUCAGAGAAUGUGAAUGACUGCUGGUCCAGGCCCUGCCUGAAUGGCGGCUCUUGCAAGGACCUGACAAACGGCUAUGUCUGCUUAUGCCCCUUUGGCUUCCGUGGGAAGGACUGCUCUAGAGACAGUGUGGGGUGCGCGUCGGAUCCGUGCGUUCCCGCGGGGACCCGCGCCUGCGUGGAGCAGGUGAGUGGCUUCAAAUGCACGUGUCGCCACGGCUACACGGGGAGGCUCUGCGAAACCCCCAUAAGCCACUGCGUCCAGGGGCUGUGUCUACAUGGAUCAAAGUGUGCCAAUCUCCACGGAGGAGGAGGAGGAGGAGGCUUCAAGUGCCAGUGUCUCCCUGGAUUGACUGGGAGAUUCUGUGAAGUAAACAUAGAUGAUUGUGCGGACAAUCCAUGCGGGGUUCUCAGCUUCUGCAAAGAUGGUCUCAACGGCUAUGAUUGUUUUUGUGCGCCUGGCUUUAUUGGCAACCACUGUGAGAUUGAAGUGAACGAGUGUCUGAGCCAGCCCUGCCUGAAUGGAGGCUCCUGCUCCGACGAACUCAAUGGAUUCAGCUGCAAGUGUCCGUACGGAGUCACAGGUGACCUGUGCGAGAUCAGUGUUGAUGAGUGCCAGUCGUUGCCAUGCCAACACAACGGUACCUGCGUCGACCUCGCGUUCGGCUACAAGUGCGUCUGCCUCCCGGGCUUCACAGGCUCGGAGUGCGAGCUGGACAUUGAUGAGUGUGCCUCGUCCCCCUGCAAGAACGGAGCCACUUGCAUUGACCAGCCGGGUAAUUACUCGUGCCAGUGUGUGGCUCCAUUUAAAGGCGUGAACUGUGAGUUCCUGCCGUGCGAGGCGAGUAACCCGUGUGAGAACGGUGCGGAGUGCGUGGCGGCGGCCUCCGACCCCGAGCACUUCCCUCUGGGGUUCCGCUGCCUGUGCCGCCGGGGCUUCGCCGGGCCACGCUGCGAGAUCAACGUGGACGAGUGCAGCUCCAGCCCCUGCCAGCAUGGAUACUGCUACGAUGUGGUUGACGGUUUCUUCUGCCUCUGCAACCCUGGCUACGCUGGCGUCAGGUGCGAGCUGGGUAUUGACGACUGCGUCGGCAACAUGUGCGCCAACAACGCAACGUGCGUGGACCUGCACAUGGGUUACCAGUGUGUGUGUGCCCCAGGUUGGGGAGGGGAUCACUGCCAAGAGGAGGUGGACGAGUGCGCCUCACAGCCCUGCAAAAACAACGCCACCUGCAUCGACCUCUUCAACAGCUACAGGUGCAUGUGUGCUCGUGGCUGGACGGGGUCGGACUGCGGUCAGGACAUAAACGAGUGCGCGUCCUCUCCGUGCCUGAACGGGGCGCGCUGCGUCCAGUCCGACGUCCCCGGCGAGUUCUCCUGCACCUGCGCCCCAUUCUUCUCCGGACCGCUCUGCGGGACGCCCUUUGACCCCUGCGAGCCCCGCCACGACCCCUGCCGCCACAACUCCACCUGCCGCCCGCGGCCCGACGGCGCCGCCUCCUGCGAAUGCCUGCCAGGGUUUGAGGGAGCCCACUGUGAAAUUGACACGGACGAGUGCAGCUCCAGCCCCUGCCACCACCAGGCCUUUUGUGUGGACGGGAUCAACAGCUACACUUGUGACUGCAAACCAGGCUUUUCCGGCAGGCUGUGUGAAGAAGACAUCAAUGAGUGUGCCUCGAGCCCUUGCCAAAACGGAGGCAUUUGCCAAGACCUGGUGAACAGCUUCCGCUGCAGCUGUCCUCCAAGCUACUUCGGGGCCCUGUGCAGCCUAGACGUGAACGAGUGCGAGGCAUCUCCGUGCCUCAACAAUGGCGUCUGUGUCAACAGACCCGGAGGCUUCCGAUGCGUCUGUCUCCCCGGCUUCUCAGGAACUUGGUGUGAGUUAAACGUGGAUGAGUGCGACUCCAACCCGUGUCAGCACAAUGGCCGAUGCGUGGACGGUCCCAGUGGUUACCAGUGUGUGUGUCCGAGGGGCUUUACGGGGCUGCACUGCGAAACCAACAUCGACGACUGCCUGUCAGCCCCAUGUGCCCACGGCAGCUGCGUGGACGGCAACGGAACCUUCCACUGUGACUGUGAGCUUGGCUGGAGUGGCUACACGUGCGAAACCGAUAUCGACGAGUGCAGGUCCAGGCCGUGUUUGAAUGGAGGAUCUUGUGUGGACCUGACUGAUAAAUACGCCUGCUUUUGCCUGGAUGGAUACGCCGGGAAGAACUGCGAAGUCGACAUCGACGUAUGUCAGCGCAACGCAUCUCUGUGCUUCAACGGAGGCACAUGUGUGGACGGGCCCGGUUCCAAUUUCACCUGCAGAUGUCCACUUGGGUUCGUUGGGGAUUUCUGCGAGGUGGAUUUCAACGAGUGCUGCUCUGACCCUUGUCAGAACGGGGCUGUUUGCCAGGACCUACCCAAUGGAUACCACUGCCACUGUAGACCCGGUUGGACAGGCCUUCACUGCGAGGAUGACAUUAAUGAGUGCCUGCCGCAGCCGUGCAGCCAGGGGAUGUGCAUCCAGAACGAUCCAGGCCACGGCUACACCUGUUUCUGUCGUCCCGGAUUUGUGGGGAAACACUGCGAACACAAUUACGAUGAUUGUCUGCUGCGCCCGUGUCCCGCCGGCUACGCGUGUGUGGAUGGCCUGAACAGGGCCAGCUGUGUGCCCGUCGCGGGCGCCGCAGCCCCGGUCCCCGGCAUCAUUGUCACCGUGCCAGGCAUGGUGACGCCACGGCCUCCUUGGGGACCUGGAUACGCCGGCGGAGGAGGUGACAGUGGCGGCGUUGCCGCCAGUGGUGGUGGGGGCAGCAGUGGCGGCGUUGCCACCUUUCCUGCAAUGCCGUCCGCCACCAUCGUGCCAAUUCCUGGGCUUCAGGACACAGCGCCAACAGGAACAGACGGCAGCUAUGUGAGCUACUCGGGGAACUCGUACCUGGAGUUUCCAGGUGUGGCCCUGGGUACCGCCAGCACCCUGACCGUGAGGUUCGAGACCCGGCAGGCCGACGGCACUCUGCUAUACACAGACCAAGGCAACGAUGCCAGCGCCUUCUUCUUCAUCAAGCUCUACAUUCGUGAAGGUCGGCUACAGUAUGAUUUCUCAUGCAAUCGGGAGGAAGGCGUGCGCCGGAUCAAUACCUCCAUACAUGUCUCCGACGGCAACGAGCACCUGGUUCAUGUCAGGCAGAAUCUUGCUCCUUGUGAGGCUGAACUGGCCCUGUCUGGCUACGAGAGAGUGCGCAGCCUCCCCAGCAACCACUGGUCCAGCCUCACAGUUCAGAGGACAAGACGUCUGUUCUUAGGAGGCUUGCCACCCACCUACCGCCCCUACCAGGUUGCAGAGCCCUUCCAUAACUACAGUGGCUGCAUGGAGGUGGUUGAAAUUAACAGGCUCAGAGGCUUUUUCAUAUCCACUGCCAUAUCUGGAGGAAACGUCAAAGCGUGCAGACACGAAUGGAGAAACCACACAGCAACGAUAGCGACAGCACCAACCCGAACAGCUGCCUCCACACCACCACCACCACCACGCCAGCAGCCCCCAAGGCCUUCAACACCCCCAUCACCACCAGCAGUAGUCAGGAACGUCACACGCCACCACCCCACAAGGCCUUCAACACCACCACCAGCAGUCAGGAACGUCACACACCACCACCCCGGCUGGUCUCCACCUCCAGCUCCACCCCCAUCAUCUCCGCCGCACCCUGCGCUGCUGCCCUUCGCUCCCGCCUGUCAGGAGGGCCUGUGCCGCAACGGAGGGACCUGCCACCAGCUCCGACGCCCCACCGGCGCCGUGGCCUUCCGCUGCGACUGUCCCCUGCACUUCUCUGGUCGCUUCUGUGAGAAAGACACCACGAUCUAUUUCCCAUUUUUCAAUGGCACCUCUUACCUGGAGCUCCCGUCCCUUACGUCUCUGCUGCAGCAGCCUGACACACUGGGGGCCUCCUCCUCCUCCUCCUCCUCCUCCUCCGCCGGUGACAGCCCUGCCUCUCUCUACUUGACUGUGAGGACGAGGGCGAGCAGUGGCAUAAUCCUUUAUGCUCGAGAGGAGAAUUUCGGCGAGCGUUUCCUGGUGGUGUUCCUUCAGGACGGGAGGCCUGCUGCCAGACUGGGCUGUGGAGGUAUCCGCCCCCUGACUGCCAUCGCCGCUCACAACAUCAGCACCGACAGACUGACAGCCAUCACCGUGCGCUAUCAGCUGCCAGUCAGGCGCGGUGCGGGUGCGGGUGCGGGCCUGUGUAUGAUCGAGGUGGCCGUGGAUAAUGGAACCGCCAGCCAGCAGAGAGAGUUGCUGGGCCACCCAGUGUCGGAGGUGUCCUUGGGGCCGACGUUCCUGGGCGGCGUUCCGUCCCCGUCGGAGCUGCAUGCGGGGGCGGGGGUGCUGGCGGGCUUCACGGGCUGCGUGCGGGAGCUGCAGAUCAACAGCCGCGAGCUGAGCGUCGCCGCAGAGGCCCUGCGCGGCCAGAACGUCCUCAACUGCCCCACCGCGUCCGCCUGCCAACACCGGCCCUGCCGCAACGGGGGCACCUGCAUCAGCGAUGCGGAGGACUGGUCGUGUGUGUGCCCGCCGCUCUUCUCGGGGAGGCUGUGCCAGUUCACGGCCUGUACCAGGAGCCCGUGUGGCCACGGGGCCACCUGCAUCCCACAGUCCCACAGCGAGGCCGUCUGUGUCUGCCCCUUCGGACGCCGCGGGCUGCUGUGCGAAGACGCCGUCAACAUUACUCGUCCCCGGUUCAGUGGAAUUGACAAGUUUGGCCACACCUCCUACAUGUCCUACCCCCCCAUCCCCAGCGUCAACUUCUUCUACGACUUUCAGCUCAAGCUCACGUUUGCCAACAACGCCUCAGCCAUGAGAAACAACCUCAUCCUCUACUCGGGUCAGAAAGGACAAGGUGUGAAUGGAGACGACUUCAUGGUGCUCGGCAUGCGUAACGGCCGCAUGGUCCACAAGUUCAACCUGGGCUCAGGUGUGGGGACGGUGGUGAGCGAUCGCCUCAACCCCCGCCUGCCCAUCCACACCGUGCGCUUCGGCAGACACUUCAGGACCGGCUGGCUCAAGGUUGACGGCCAAAGCAACAGGACGGCGCUGUCUCCGGGGCAACUGGCUGGCUUGAACACCUUCAGUCAAUUUUAUGUCGGCGGAUACAAUGAGUACACUCCUGAACUGCUGCCAGUUGGGGCCAGGUUUCAGAACGGCUUCCAAGGUUGCAUAUUUGAUUUGCAAUUUCGGACGCGGCGAGAUGGGCGCUUCAGGGCUCCGGGCCAGCCGGAGGGCCAUCCCAUCAGUGGCCGCAGCGUGGGCCAAUGCGGCGUCAACCCCUGCACGCUGGUGCACUGCCACAACGGGGCCACCUGCGUGGACGCCGGGUCCAGCGUCUACUGCCAGUGUCUGUUCGGAUGGAAAGGAGCCUUGUGUUCCGAGAGGGUCUCUGUGUGCGACGCUGAACACAGUCCCCCGCCCCUGUGCGCGAAAGGUUCCACCUGCGUGCCACUCCCCAAAGGAUACACCUGUCUGUGUCCGCUUGGCACGGCCGGCCAGUUCUGCCAACAAGCUUUGAGCAUCAGUGAUCCCUACUUCAGCGGUAACCUCUCCUCCUGGAUGUCAUUCACUCCCGUCAGUGUGAGGCACAAAACGCACCUUCAGUUGCAGUUCCAGACGCUGGCACAAGAGGGCAUCCUGUUUUACAUGGCACAGCAUCUCUCAGCUCGAGCAGGGGAUUUCCUGAGCGUAUCUCUGACCUCAGGGUAUGUUCAGCUGCGCUACAACCUGGGAGACGGCACCUUCACGCUGCGGUCCAGAAACAAGGUGGACGCCAAAGGUCGCGUGUGGCACAGCCUGCAGACGGGCCGAGAGGGCGCGUACAGCUACCUCGUCCUGGACGGACAGGCAGUCACCCGGAACAACACUGAGGUCAUGACGACCCUCGACGUGUCCACAGACAUCUUUGUGGGAGGGGUGUCGGACCUGAGUGCCGUCUCUGCCAGCGCGGUGGAGAAUGAACCGAGCGGCUUCACCGGCUGUAUCAGGGAGGUCGUCGUCAACGGACAUGACCUUGACCUCAGCGAAAAGGGGGCGACGGGCGGUGCCAACAUCGGCGACUGGGAUGGAACGGGUUGUGGGUACAAAGUCUGCCAAAACGGCGGAUUCUGCCGCCCUGUUGGCGCCACCUCAUUCACCUGUGCGUGCCUGUCCAACUGGACGGGCCCUAGGUGCGAGCAGUCCGUGUUCUGCGUUGGCAACCAGUGUCGUCACGGCUCCCUCUGCGUCGCCAACGCCACCGGCCGCUCCUACACCUGCAUGUGCUCGCUCGGCUGGAGCGGGCCGUACUGCGACGCGCCCGUCACCAUGGACGCCGUAAGGUUCGUGGGCAACUCCUACCUGAAGUACAGAGACCCGCAGUACUACCAACGCAACCUCAAGUACACCCAGAUAUCCCUCAACUUCAGCAGCGGCCGCGAGGACGGCGUGAUGGUGUGGAUGGGCCGGGCGCAGCGGGAGGACGACGACUACCUGGCCUUGGGGCUCAGAGACGGCCACCUCCAGAUCGCCAUCAACCUGGGAGAGAGGAUCCCCGUACCGCUCCUCUACCCAAACGCCAGCCUGUGCUGCAACACCUGGCAUCACGUCACUCUCAUCCACAACAGGACCCUGAUCCAGGUGCUCCUGGAUGGCGAGACGGUCCUCUUUGAGGACGUGGAUCCCUUCGAGCGCUACGUUGCCAUAAAUCACGACGGCGUUUAUUAUUUUGGAGGCUUUGAGCUCAACCGAGACGUGUCAGCCAUAACAUCUGGUCUGUUUUCUUCAGGGUUUCAGGGUAGCAUUAAAGAUGUGGUUUUAUUCCAAGAUGCUAGAAAGCUGCAGUUUCUACAAAGUUAUGAGGGCUUCAAUGUUUACAAGGGAGAAGAUUAGCUAAUUAAAUAUUUAUAACUUAAUACUACUACUCAUAUUUUUAUUUUUGGAGCUUGUUUUCCCCAAACGAUAGAAUAGAGAUUCAUUCAGAUCUUUUACUCAUUUAUAGUUUCUUUUUUUUUACUCUGACUCACAGUACUGUACAGUUUCUUUUCUUUUGUCUUAGAAAUCGGUUGUUAGACUACUGCACAAUAUGCCUCUAACUUUAGCAUCUAGUGUGUAUAAUUUAUUUAUUAUUAUUACUAAUUGAAAGUUGUAGUCCUAAUUUGAUAUAAGCGUUGAUCCUGUAAUUGGCCAUAGGUUUCCUUGAAUUGAGUACAUGAUGGUGCUGUCAUCCUCUCUUCAUUUUCAUGCCCAGACUUGCGGUAGCAGUCUUUGCUUCUGUUCACACCAAGUUAAAAUAUAGAAACAGUACUGAUGUCAAAAAAAGCAUU